CAUUGCAUCGCAUUUCACAGCAACAGCAGCAGCAGCAGCAGCAGCAGCAGUUGCUACCAGCAGCUGACAUGGGCAAGAUUUCUGGCUAUAUAAAAGUAUCGCCGGGCCUCGUCAUUGAGAUACACAUUUUGCUACUGGGCGUGGCAAUAUUCUUUCUAAUCGAUCUCUGCAAUCAUGCCUAUCGCCGCAAAAUCGGAUACCUCAACACAACCAUUACGAUGGUGGGCCUGGCUCCCCGUGUGACUUUUGUACGCGGCAUGGCUUUGGUUGCCUUCAUACUGAGCUGUAUACUGGGCACGCGUCUAUCGAGAUCAUUUAAUCUCUACAAAUUCACCGCCUACAUGCUGAUGAGUUCCUACGCGAUGUAUACGACAUUUUGCAUUGCACUGUCGCGUUUUCUCUUCCGCAGCAGCUACCUAUUCUUCUCGAACAUGAUGCUGCUCUAUAUGUGGAACAUUUCGAAGAUUACCCAGGUCGAGGAGCUAUUCGAUUGCUGUGGCCUGCAUGGCGCCAUCGACUAUAUCAUUACCAAUCGCACUUGGUCGCAGGCCGCCUGCUGCGAACUGCCCGGCUGUGAUGGCUGCGAACAGCCCUUUUAUGAAUAUCUAACCACGAUCGAAUCGGAAAUUGCCCGCGACAACAUCGCCAUCUGCAUAGCAACAUUAAUUGGCAUGAUCUUUGUGAUAAUACGUAGGAUGAAUGUUUCCCUGCUCGACGAUCCAUAUGAAUCCGAGUCGUCCAACUAUUCCGAAGACGAUGAUGAGAUACUGCCGCCGAAAACUAGACGAAAAUUAAAAAAAUCGAGAAUUUCAACAACAUCGAGAAAUGUGCGAAUUCCUUUCGCCAAGUGAAACUCUUAGGUUGCUGUUUGUAUGGCUUAACUUGCUUAUUGCCUGGCUCCACAGGCUAUUAGUAGCUUUAUUAACGACCCUUGCCAUGAUUUGCCCAAUUGAACUUUAAUUCAAUGUGCCUUACGAACUGGCAGCCUCUCCCCAUCUCUCUAUCGUGCUGUCUCUCUCUGUGUUUGCUUGUUGCGCCUCAUUAAUCGAACUGGGCUUCAAAAUCAUAGCCAACCUGCUGUUGUUAGGGCAACGUUGCUCGCAUCUAAUGGCCGCACUUAAUUAGCUUUCAAA